AUGUCCUCAACGUUGCUGCCCAACCUUCAUCCAAGCCAUAGAUAUGGGGAAUCGCCAGCUGAAUUCGACCCCGAGGUCCAUUACGGCGCUGGAGACGACAAUGCGCUGUAUAAUCUUUUUGCAACUUGGCCAGAUAACUUCUUUAGUAGCCUUCCCAAACCACACGGCAACCGCGGAAUUGAUGAACCCUAUUGGGAAUUGGGGCAGUCCCGAAUCUCCUUGGAAGACUGUUUCCGAGGCUCCGGAACUCGACGAAUAUUUACGCCAGCGAUUCCAGACCCAGACAAGUUUGAAAGACGACGUCUCCGAGAGCAAGAAAAGGUAACAGAAGGCAGCAAGUGUUCAGGAACCAAUGCCCAAUUUCAGUCUGCCUUGGAAUUUGCCUGGGAGCAAGCAAAAACUGACUCCUCACUGGCUGCUGUGUUGUUUAAACACUGUCAAAGAUUCGGUUCGCGAGGGAUUUGUUCAGAACCGUCACCUUCACCAUCGGCUUUGCCCACGUCCGAGAUGACACUGCCAAGCCGUGUCGGGGAAGGGCACGAAGAAUCUAGCGGCUGCUCUGAUACGGAAUCUAGCAGUCAAAGUCAACCUGUGCCUAUCCCAAACCCACCAGUCCCCGGUCUUGCUGCCAUAUCGAUCGAUACUCUUCAAGCGCAAGUGAAUAAGUUCGCAAAGAAAACGGAUUUGGUGUUGUUAGACACAAUGGUUCCGGAAGUCGGGUGCAGAAGACCCGAUAUCUAUUUCAGUGCGAUCGCGACAAGUCGACGUGUCGGGAUACGAGCUCGCGACGUACGUGGCAUAGUCAAAGAAAAACACCCCGACACAGUCUAUACGAAGAAGGACAUAUACAACGCAAGGGCAAUUUUGCGCUGCGAGAAGCUCAACGGUUUAAACCCAACAGCCGCCUUAAUUAAGCUCUUCGAUGAGAGAAACAUACCGUACGUUGUCAAAUGGUCAGCGGCAGAGCCUGAUCGUCUUCUUGGUCUGAUAUGGACCUUCCCAUACGGUCUACGAAUGUGGAAACGCUAUCCGGAAAUAAUGAGCUUUGACAACACCUACAAUACAAACCGUUUCAAAUUACCUCUCUUUCAGGUCACGGGGCAGACCUGCCUCAAAUCGGUCUAUAAUGCCGCUUUUGGCUUGAUAGACAACGAGAGACGCGAAGGUUUCCAGUUCCUUGCUGAAGGAGUUAGACAACUGAUGGACAGGCACGAGAUUCUGUCGCCCGAUGUGAUUAUUACGGACUAUGAUAAGCAGAUGAAGGUGGCCCUUGAUAACCAGUAUCCAGGCAGCCAACAACAGGUUUGCAUCCACCAUAUUAACUCGAACGUUCUUCUUAAUGCCAAGCGAAGGUGGAAGGAUAAAAAGGAGGAAGACGACGAUGAUGGAUUCAGCGGCUCCGACAAUGGCCAGUUGCAAGUAGCACUGACUUCGACGGAUAAGGCAGCUGUUCUCGAUAUAGGGAAGCACGGUGGCCCCCUUUCUGCCCAGGCCAACCCGAUGUCGCCUGUGUCACAUAACUAUCGAGGAGUCCUUGAAUUGUGGAAGUAUGUAGUCUUUGCAGAGGCCAAGGAAGAUUACGAGAAGGCCUGGGUGCGCUUAUGCGAAGAGUUCAAUGACCAGCAGGCCAUUCUGAUAUAUCUUUACAAUGCCUAUCUGCCCAUAGCUUCGCAAUGGGCUCACUGCUUCAUCAAGAAAUACCGCAAUUUCGGGGUUCGAGUGACUUCUGGCACGGAGGCAAGCAACAACAACGUCAAGAGCUACCUGCUGAAUGGCACAAGUCACCUGUACGGGCUUGUUGAAGCGAUAGAGGGCAUGUUAGCUGAUCAGGAGCGAGACUUCAUCGAUAACUGCUCACAGGACGAAGUGUUAACCGGAAGGGUGUACUCAGGACCUGGAUCGGAAUACCUGGGGGAGUUGCGUAUUGUGGCUCUUCUUCUCAUGCGCGGCACCGCCCUCAGCAGGCUAAGUCUCAGUGUCAUUGCCAUUGGCGGCGGCGGCGGCGGCUGA